AUGGCGUCCAACGGAGGAAACAUCAAGGUGGUGGUGCGAUGUAGGCCCUUCAAUGGGCGAGAGACCGCUCGCAAUGCACAAUGCAUUGUCAAGAUGAAAGGUGACCAGACCAUCCUCUCCCCACCCAGCGAAGUCAAGGGAAAGGCCGCCAAAGCCGCCUCCGAAGGUGUCAAGACAUUCGCCUUCGACAAAUCGUACUGGUCGUUUGACCGCAACGCCCCAAACUACGCAGGCCAGGAUAACCUUCAUGAAGACCUGGGCAAGCCACUGCUUGACAACGCCUUUCAGGGUUACAACAACUGCAUUUUUGCGUAUGGGCAGACGGGGUCUGGAAAGUCGUACUCCAUGAUGGGCUAUGGGGCCGACCCUGGUAUCAUCCCCAAGAUUUGCCAGGACAUGUUUGAGAGGAUCAAGGUGGUGCAGCAGGACAAGAACGUAGGCUGCACCGUGGAAGUGUCAUAUCUGGAAAUCUACAACGAGCGCGUGCGCGAUUUGCUGAACCCUUCGAACAAGGGUAACCUGCGAGUUCGCGAACAUCCUUCGACCGGACCCUAUGUCGAAGAUUUAGCCAAGCUGGUGGUACAGUCCUUUCAGGAGAUUGAAAACUUGAUGGAUGAAGGAAACAAGGCCAGAACCGUGGCCGCCACAAAUAUGAACGAGACAUCCUCGCGAUCGCACGCCGUAUUCACCUUGACCUUGACCCAGAAACGCCAUGAUACGGACGCUGGCAUGACGGGAGAACGAGUCGCGAAGAUUAGUCUGGUCGAUCUGGCAGGCUCGGAAAGAGCGCAGUCUACCGGUGCGACAGGAGCUCGGUUGAAGGAGGGUGCAGAGAUUAACAGAUCGCUGUCCACUUUGGGUCGAGUCAUUGCAGCACUAGCAGACAUGUCGCAAGGAAAGAAGAAGACACAAGUACCAUACAGAGACUCGGUUCUGACAUGGCUACUGAAGGAUUCGCUAGGAGGCAAUAGCAUGACUGCCAUGAUUGCUGCCAUCUCGCCUGCUGAUAUAAACUUCGAGGAGACGCUCUCCACCCUUCGUUACGCCGAUUCCGCGAAGCGCAUCAAGAACCACGCCGUGGUCAAUGAAGACCCCAACGCACGUAUGAUUCGAGAAUUAAAGGAAGAGCUGGCAAAAUUACGAGGUCAAUUGACCGGGGGUGGAGGUGGCCCAAAUGGCAUCAUUGAAGAACAGUACGCUCCAGAUACUCCGCUGGAAAAGCAGAUAGUCUCCAUCACCCAACCGGAUGGAACGAUCAAGAAAGUCUCCAAGGCCGAAAUCGUGGAACAGUUGGAUCAAUCGGAAAAGCUCUACAAGGAUUUGAAUCAAACAUGGGAAGAAAAGCUCCAGAAGACCGAGGAGAUUCACAAGGAACGAGAAGCCGCUUUGGAGGAGCUGGGCAUCAGCAUUGAGAAGGGCUUCGUCGGGCUAUCGACACCAAAGAACAUGCCACAUUUGGUGAACCUGAGUGACGAUCCUCUACUUACUGAAUGUUUGGUUUACAAUCUGAAGCCGGGCACAACGACGGUCGGCAACUCUGAUGUAGAAGGUCAGACUGCUCAAAUACGUUUGAACGGUUCGCAGAUCCUCGCAGAUCACUGCAACUUCGAGAACGUAGACGGCAAGGUCACCGUAAUACCAAAGGAGACUGCAAGCGUCAUGGUCAACGGUGUACGCAUCGAUAAGCCAAGAUUACUCAAGAGUGGUCACCGCAUCAUCCUUGGCGACUUCCACAUCUUCCGUUUCAACAACCCGCAAGAAGCAAGGGCUGAGCGUGCAGAGGUAGGCACAAGCCUUCUUCGUCACACUGUAACCGCCAGCCAACUGAAUUCUCCUUCCCCUGCACCACGGCCAGGCCAUGACAGAUCGUUCAGUAGCAUCAGCGUAGCAAACUCUGAUUUCGAUCCCGAUAGCCCACGCGCUGCAUCACCUGCGUUCUGGCAACGCGGACGAGAAUCCGAGUUCUCAUAUGCUCGUAGAGAAGCCUUGGCCGCUUGGCUUGGUCCUGAGAAGCGCAUCGAGAAUCUGCCAGACGAAGACUUUGAAGCCCUUUUCGAAGAUCUCAGCAGACUGCGCGAAACACGCAAGACACGUCCAGAGAGUCGUGUAUUCAGCGACGAAGACCUAGAGUCUACUUCUUCGUAUCCCGUAAGAGAGAAGUAUGCUUCAGGAGGAACGUUCGACAAUUUCUCACUCGAUACCAUGUUGACAACACCAUCUACACCGAUGCAGGAUGGGAGCGAGAAGAUGCAUGACAUUCAAGAGGAUUCGCAGGAGAGGGUGAAUGCACAAAAAGACGACUUUCAGACAAAAUUGAAGGCUGGUGUAGAGGCCAAGGCCGAGCUUGAGGAGCUUCGAGCAGCGAAAGAACAAAUGCAAAAACAGCUUCGGGAACAGAAGGAGUCGUUUGAGCGUCAACUCCGUGAACUCGGGCACGAACCAACACCGGAUCCAGAUGAUGAGCAACCGACCGAAUCAUCUGGGCAAAAUGAAAAACAACUUGAACUGGCCAAAAAGGUCUUUCAGCAGUGGCGACGGCGUAAGUACGUCACCAUGGCCGAGACACUUUUACAAAAUGCGGCAAUCUUGAAGGAAGCCCAGAUCCUAAGCCAGCAAAUGGACAAGCGCGUCGUGUUUCAAUUCUGCAUUGUCGAUAUCGGUCACACUGUACCCUCAUCUUACGACCUAGUCAACAUAGACGUUCCUAGCGAGGAUGAUGAGUAUCUGGAUAGUCAAUCGAAGCCAUGUGUUGGCGUCCGUGUUAUCGAUUUCAAGAACGAGGUCGUUCACCUGUGGUCAAUACAAAAGCUCCGCGAUCGCGUGCGACGAAUGCACCAUAUGGCUCAGUACAUGAAUCGACCUGAGUAUUUCCAGCACUUCAACCCCGAAUCUCCCUUCUCGGAACCUUGCAUGCCCGAGUUCUCACGUAUAGGUGACGUGGAUGUUCCUCUUGCAGCAGUUUUUGAGUCUAGAGUGCGGGAUUUUAGCCUUGAUGUAAUCUCACCAUACACAGCCAACCCAAUUGGCAUCAUUCGGUUGUCUCUUGAGCCCUCGUCGGCGGAAGCACCAUCCACAACAUUAAAGUUCAAUGUGGGUAUGCAUGAGUUCAUCGGCUUCCCAGAAAGAGAAGGCACUCAGGUUCAUGCUGUGUUAUUCGUACCAGGAAUCUCAGACGAGAGUGGUGCAACGACGACGACGUGGAUAUCAGGUUUCAAUGAAGGUCCGAUUCGGUUUGAGAGCGUGCACAGCAUGAGCCUUCCGUACCCGAGCCCCCGCGAAACGUUCCUCCGCAUCUCUAUAUUUGCCAAAGUCUCUGACAUACAUCUCGACAAGCUACUUAGUUGGGAUGACAUGCGUGACUCUGCAGACAAGCCACGGGAGAAGCGACGAAACGCGCGAUUACCGGAGUCGGAGUUUUAUACUGAAGAUACACAUGAUAUUUUCACUCGCAUACAGAUUCAAGAGAUCACGGAUGACGGUACAUAUAAGCCUGUUGACGUUACUCAAAGUAGCAUCAUGGACGCUGGAGUAUACCAGUUGCACCAAGGAUUAGCUCGGCGCAUCGUCGUCAAUCUCACUCACACGUGUGGGGAGACUUUACAUUGGGACAAGGUCUCAUCGAUGCGCAUGGGCCGCAUCAGACUGAUUGAUGCCUCGGGAAACACCCCUGGUAUUGAUUCCCCAGUGAAGGAGAUCCCUGUAGACUUUGUCACGCCUCCAAUUGUUCGAGAGAAUGCGGACGGCACAACAAACGUCAAAUUUGUAGGGCGUUGGGAUAGCACGGCACAUGGCUCCCUCUUACUCGACCGUGCAACACAAGACAAAUACCGUGUCUCGGCGACGUUGCUUUUCGACGUUGCCUCCUCAAAGCUCACCGAUCCCAUGACCUUCUCUCUAGACCUGGGAUUACAGAUUCGUGGUCGUUCAUACAUGCGCCAGACCUCACUGUUCUCUCUAGCCACAAUCUGGAACACUGUGAAGAUUGUACACUCCACAGUAGGCAUCUUCAACGUCGUGAUUCGCCCUGCUUCUGUCAAGCGUGCAACCGAUCUUUGGCGUAUGAAUACCAAAGAUGAUUACAUCAAGGGCGAAGAGCAACUUGCCGGCUGGACACCUCGCGGUGUCUCCUUGGUGCGCGAUUUCAUCGACCUGGAGAAGCGCCGCCGCCGGAUUGCAGAAAUCGAAACCGCGCGCUCAACCCUAUCCUCCAAAGCCCUCAGCGUCUCCGCAUCCGCCUCUCCAAGUCCCGCCCCUGAUCUCGACGACAGACAGAAAGCGCUUCUCCAGCGUAUAAUCUCCCUCUGGAAAACGAAAAAAGCCCCCGCAGAAAUCAUUCUCAACCCAACAAACCUCGAGCCCCCCUCCAACGGCGCCGCCUUCGCCCCGCGCUCGCCAUCACCCCUGCCUGUUCCAAAACCCAGCCUUACAGCCACGGUCCGCUUCAUCUCAAAAAACCCAAAUCUAAUGAAAGCCUCGUACCUCCUCACCCCCGACACCACAAACACACGCUGGGUGCGCCGCUACGUCGAGUUACGCAAACCCUACCUGCACAUCUACUCGACCGACGGUGACGAAAUCAACGCCAUCAAUAUCUCCACCGCGCGCGUCGACCACUCGCCGCAGAUUGCGCGUCUGCUCGGCGGUGGCCAGUGGCAGCAGAGUAACGGUGCGGCGACAAAGGAUACGGUGUUCGCCGUAUUUGCGAGGAGUAAUACGUAUAUCUUUCGUGCGCGCAGUGAGCGCGAAAAGAUUGAGUGGAUCUUGAGACUCGAUCAGAGUUAUUUUAGUGGCGAGGGGAGUGAGGCGAGUUCGUGA